AGAGGCAAAGAAAGCCAGGCGCCGCUUCCGGGCCCGGACCCCGGAAGUGAGCGGAAGCCUUUUCCUUCUUCUUCCCGUAGAAGCGUUUCCCCGCCCUAAACGGUCCGCUUUGUUUUCCGGCCUAACUUGCCCCUCCCGAAAGCGCCGCCAUGGCCGUUCCGGCUCCGGGCUGCAGCCUGAAAGACGAGCUGCUGUGCCCGAUCUGCCUGGGCCUCUACCAGGAGCCGGUGAGCUUCGGCUGCGAGCACUACUUCUGCCGCCGCUGCAUCUCCGAGCACUGGAGCCGGCAGGAGGCGCAGGCGGCGCCCGCCCGGGAUUGCCCCGAGUGCCGCCGGGCUUUCUCCGCGCCGGCUCUGGCGCCCAGCCUCAAGCUGGCUAACAUCGUCGAGCGCUUCGCCGCCUUCCCGCCCGAGGCCUCCCUGGGCGUCGGCGGGAGGGGAGGCCGAGGCGGAGGGACGCCGCCUUGCGGGAAAGCCCACGCCAAAGUGCGGCUCUUCUGCCUGACCGACCGCGCCGUCGUCUGCUUCUUCUGCGACCGGCCCGCCCUGCACGAGCAGCACCAGGUCACCGGCCUAGACGAGGCCUUCGAGGAGAUGCAGAGGGAACUAAAGGAGCAGCUGCAGACCCUCCAGGACAGCGAGCGUGGGCACACGGAGGCCCUGGCUCUGCUGAAGCACCAGCUGGCUGAGACUAAGUCCUCGGCCAAGAGCUUACGGGCCACCAUCGGCGAGGCCUUUGAGCGGCUUCACCGGCUGCUCCGUGAACGCCAGAAGGCCAUGCUGGAGGAGCUGGAGGCCGACACGGCCCGGACGCUGAACGACAUUGAGCAGAAGAUCCAGCGCUACGGCCUGCAGCUGCGCAAGGUGCAGGAAGGUAGCCAGAUCCUGCAGGAACGGCUGGCAGAAACUGACAAGCACACCUUCCUGGCAGGCAUAGCCUCUCUCUCGGAGAGGCUGAAGGGGAAGAUCCACGAAACUAGCCUCACCUACGAGGACUUCCCCACUUCCAAGUACAUGGGGCCUCUGCAGUACACCAUCUGGAAAUCCCUCUUCCAGGAUAUCCAGCCAGUGCCUGCCACGCUGACCCUGGACCCGGCCACCGCUCACCAGCGCCUGAUCCUCUCCGACGACUGCACCCUCGUCUCCUACGGCAACUUGCACCCGCAGCCGCUGCAGGACUCGCCCAAGCGCUUCGACGUGGAGGUGUCGGUGCUGGGCUCGGAGGCCUUCAACAGCGGCAUCCACUACUGGGAGGUGGUGGUCUCGGAGAAGACCCAGUGGAUGAUCGGGCUGGCCCACGAGGCCGUCACCCGCAAGGGCAACAUCCAGAUCCAGCCCAGCCACGGCUUCUACUGCAUCGUCAUGCACGACGGCAACCAGUACAGCGCCUGCACCGAGCCCUGGACGCGGCUGAACGUCAAGAGCAAGCUGGAGAAAGUCGGGGUCUUCUUGGAUUACGCCAAGGGGCUGCUCAUUUUCUACAACGCCGACGACAUGUCCUGGCUUUACACCUUCCGCGAAAAGUUCCCCGGGAAACUCUGCUCCUACUUCAGCCCCGGACAGAGCCACGCCAACGGGAAGAACGUGCAGCCGCUUCGGAUCAACACCAUCCGCAUCUGAGGGCUCUCCCGGCCGCGUACGUUCCCAAGUGCAGAACGGCGGAAUUAGUUCCGACCGCGGGCAGAAGGGAUAUAUCGUCCCGAGCCUCCUGGAGUGAACAAAUCGGGGGGGAGUCGGGCUGGUGUGAGCCUUCCUCUAGGGCAGAGCGUGGGAAGCGGCUCUGUGGACGACGGCCUUGGGACUCUCUCCUCGGGGAUCUACGACAUUCGCCACUUCUUAGAUGCAAAAAAAAGGAAGGAUAUACUGGACAGGGUGUGUUUUAAGAUGCAGGGAUGUCUGGUGUCUUUUUGUCAGCCUUAUUCGGGCUGUUUUUUGUUAUUUGCAUGCUUUUCCCCAAAGUUCCCCAUCCUGUCAUUUUUUGCAAAACUAGGGAGAGAGGGAGGGAGGGAAGGAACGCCAAGCAUCUUAGCUGGUUUCGAUUCCUGCUCGUAAACCGGGCAUGAAAGCGAAGGGAAUAAGCGGACCAGUCAUUAAAAUAAAACGGGGCUUACAGGUCUUCAUUCUCGCCGGGAGGUUUGUGUCGUGACUCGCACAGGAUGCGCGUGUUAUUUAUAAAAGGGGUGGGGGGCAAAAUUAGAAUUAUUGGCUGUUUGCAGUGCUAAACGGUUCUGCACUUGCCAGCCUGCACCUACAGAGACGGAGGGUCGAGGUGGCAUUCAAUGCAACCUGUUGCACCUGGCUGCUGGAUUAAUCAAUCCCUGUUCUGGGAAGCCUCUAGAGCCAACAAGGGUUGUGCUGACCAGUCGAAAGCCCACCGUGUGGUUAAGUGAAGCUGUCUUGGGUGCAAAACCUCCCCGCUUCCGUUUCACAAUACAAGCGUUGGGAAGGAAUCCACAAAGGGCAGACUUGGUGCUUAAAACACAGCAAUCUUUUUGAUCCAAACGUGUGACAUUCAAAGAUGGCCACAAGAGGGCAGUGUUGGCUUAAUUCAUGCCAUGUGUGGGAUUUUUUUUUGUGGGGGGGGGUGUCCCUGCUGGGUGGGGGUUUAAAGGGUGUUUGUCUGUGGAGGAAAAUGCUCUUUGAUGGAAGUUUGGGCAGGGGGAUGGUUGUGCGGGGUCUCCCUUGCCAGAGGUAAACCAUUUUAUGUAAACCUUUCAACGGUGGCUCUUCCGUUAAAAGUCUGUAAUUAAAAAGUUUGGCUAAUGAACGGAGCUUUCUCGCAACACUUAAAUCUUUUAUGAAUUUGGGGUGGGGGA